AUGCGACUGAAAUUAAAUCUUCAAACAAUAUUACUGCUUGCCCUUCCUGUGGUAAUUCAGUGCCAGUUAAAUGCAGUCAAGUCUGGAUUGGAAAGUUGUUACAAUGAAUCAGCAAUUCCUGGAAUUACCAUUGCUGAUAAUAGGCCACCAGUAACUUUAAAUGUUUUUCUUGAAAUAUUACGAAGAAUAGAAGAUGCUAAUCCGGCAAUGACAAUCAGAGACUUAGCGGCUUUAUUGAUACAAAAGCUUCGACAUAAUGGAAUUGAAGAAACGCAGAAACCAGUAAGCUUAAGUAUUGCUUUACCGUACGCACCUACUGGACAAGAUGCUCUUAAAGGGACAAUCAUGACUGAAGAAUUUAUACCAACUUCACAAAUUAGAUUAUCUUAUGGAGAUCUUUCUAUGGCUGAUGUGUGUGCAUUUCACUACAUGAUCUCAAAUUCAGUUAAUAAAACAAUUAGAGGUGAUGAAAACCAGACUUGUCUUAGAUCUGCUCGGUAUCAAAUGAGAAUAGCUAGAGCGACUCGUAGAAAAGAUAUAGAGACAAUUGAGAAGCAAUCCCGCCAAGCGUUUGGUCCUACUGGAGAACCCAGUCUAUGUCCAAUUGAAAAAGGUGUAGUCUACAGCCAGUACGGGUCAUUUAAGAUUGGACAAGUGAUUCAGGGAUUGGCUGCUGGAUUGAACCAAGAAAAUCUUAACAACGUGGACAAUAGAUAUGCAGCUACGUUAGGAGGUGAUUUAUGCCAGACAGCGUUGAUUCAAAUCGAUCCACCGCUUCGUCUUGGCGUUUCAGGUGGCUGGAAUAGUUCAACAAAUCCAAAAUAUUAUUUUCUUCAGCAGAGCGAUGAUUUGGAUUUGACUGAUCAAGAUAUUAGAGGAUCUUUAGAUGGACUCUACAUGGCACUAAAAAUAAAUGAUAUCAAAGGAAAAUCUGACGUUAAAAUUUCGCAAGUCCUAGAUAUGUACUACUCUCCUCAACAAAAAGGAGUUUUUGAUACAUCUUUUAGAGCAUGUAACAGAAAUAUUCUUUUUUCUGAAUUGGUCAAUUCUCAAACUCUGCAAUCAAAUAUUAACAAUCUUAUGCCAAUAAUGGACAACAAGGGCCAAUAUCCUUAUACGAUUGAUACUGCAAAAUAUGGAUUACUGGCCGAGGCAGCAUUUAACAAUUUUUCAUCAUAUCUACCACGACUGAAUGAUCCCCGAUGCCCUCAGUUGGAUUCUGGGAUAGAAAGAGUUCGUACUGAUCUCUUAAUUUUUAUAGAUCCAAAUUGGGAAUACAAAACAAUUCAACCUAUAUUAUCAUAUAUUUUGGAUAACAUCGAUGUUAACAAAUUUGCUUCAAGAUAUACAUUAUUUAGUGGAGUAGAUGCUUCUAAUAUCACUAAUGCUAGUACAUCAUAUUUAUUGGAGUUCCAUAACAGUUAUAAUUUAAGUGUUCAUGAAAAACUGCCAAAAUCUUUUGACUAUUCAAAAGUAUAUGAAAAACUUGAAUCGGUUGCAAAAUCCAAACUUAACAACAACUCUUACACUGGUGGAGAGUCAACCAUCGUACUGCUGUUAGUAAAAAAUGCACCAACUGGAAAUCAAGGAACAUUUGUGAACCAGAGGAAAGAAAUUAUAAAACAGUAUCUACCAGAUCUCUCUCUCCUUGUUCUUGGAUAUGGAUCAGCUGACGACUACUCAUCCAUGCUCAUUAAUCCUUCAAAAGACUUUAUAUCCUUAACAAGUACAACUAACGAUAAUGAACUUAUGAACAUUGGAAAAGAUGUUGUGGAUGCAAUUAAAAAAAUUCCUCGGUCCAUAAUAAAUCCUUCCUGUGGUUCAGGCUUCGUAGGCAGUGAAAGUACACUAACUUACAGCGAUUCAGUAGACUUGUAUGGAACGAACUACUAUAAAAUAUCUCCCUAUUACUUUGCCAUUGGAAGCAAUGGAAGAAGUUUAAAAAUAAUUGAACCAAGUACUGGAAGCAUCACUGUCUGUAUAUCGCGGGACAUCGACAGACCAACAAGUUCAAAUGCGGAUUGUCAAACUCUACAGUCCAGUGUCAAGUCAUACGAUCUCUCAAACUAUUGUGGUAAAAAUGUGAGAGACUGUUCUCCUAUUUACUUGUCUAUAUAUGGAAAUUCUACACAGUAUCGAUGUAAUGAUGCAACGUGCCGAUUUCCCAAUAACAUUAAAUACAGCAUCUCGUUGGACAGCGUAGGAUGCACAAGUAGUGCCCUUGCCAUAGUUUCUAACUUUAUUUUAAUUUCUACCUUAUUUUUAUUUUUAAAGUUUUAG